AAAAAAAAAUGUACAAUCCAAUCAUGCAUAUCAUUCUCAAUAAACCAAACACGAAUCAAAUCUGGACCACCACAAAACUCUACGAUCCUCUCUUAUUAAAAUCCUUGGAAUCUUUCAGAGAAUUGAUAAUUGCGGAAUUUUAUAGAGAACAAUUUUUACAAGAAUCAUCAUUGAAAGAGUUUGAGAUUCUUGUGGUGAAGGUAAAGAUGGAAGAUGGCAAUUACAAGACAUUGAAUGAUGAAUUGGAAUGGGAACAAUUUGUUCAACAAAUUGUAAAGAUGGGUCAAACUUUACAAUUUCAAGUAAAAUUAAAACCUGCUAGAAAAGUUUACAAAAAGCAAUUGAGGGAAAUUGAGCAACGUUUGAAGGAAUUGGAACAUGAAACUCAACUAUUGAAAUUGAAAAAGAAGAUUAUAGAGUUGAGUAAGAUUAAAUCUGAAGAGAAACCUCAAGAUCCAAGAGAUACACUAUUGGAAAGUAUUAGAAAUGGAAAGAAACUCAAGAAAACUCCAACUAGCACCAAAAUUAUAACAAAUCCAAGAGAUUUGUUGAUGAAUAGCAUCAAGCAGCGUUCCAAUAAUUCUGAAAAUUGAAAUUUCCAUUCAUUUUCCUCAUUGUAAAUAUGUAAAUAUAAAUUCUUUAUUAUUCGAA